CCUUCUUCUAGAUUAUUAAAUUUUCUAAUGUAUCUUCUAUGAAACUGUCCAUAAAUUUCAUCGACAGGACCAAAGUUGCUGUUAGCUGCAACAAACACUGAUUUGUGAUGAGGUUCCGAUUUUGUGGAGAUGCGGAUUGCCCGGACUGGGUUCUGGUGGAAAUAAACACUCUCUCCAAACUCUCCUCAGUUAAAUUAAAAUUAUUAGCACAAAUUGUAGCCCAAGGAGUAAUAAAUCCGCCGGUGGAUAUGGAAAAAGCUGAAAAACUAUUUGCAGAAUCCAAACUGGAUGCCAACAUAGAUUUGAAGGCAUGUAUGGCAUGUCUAACUUAUAUCUUGUCAUCUACGGUACGUUACAACUGUGACAGUAGUGCGCUACAAAGCGAAUUACAGCAGCUUGGCCUGCCGAGGGAACACAGUACUUCGAUAAAGCGAAUUGUGGAUGAUCAAAGUGCAAACCUUUCCAGUAAAUUUAAAGCAGCUUCUUUACAAAUCAAUCCAUUGGAACAAUAUUCCGUAAAAAUGGAUGAAGAUGUUAACUGUGCUGUUUUAGAUUUGGUGAUAGGUGGUGAGAAAAAGACUGCAACGUUGACACCGUUCACGCUAAAUGUUCUAAUAGAAAAUUUGAAAGAAGUUAGAAAAACUAUGGUUGAGUUGAAUGAUGCAUCUUAGGUACCUAAUCGUUAGAAAUCAUAUAUUUGAUAUGUUUAUAAGCAAAGACAAAGAAAUAAAAUCGUUUUAUUAUUA